UUUGUAAAUGGAAUGAAAUUUGUUUUGCGUUUGACAAAUGACUGGAAGGUACAUGUGAUGUUACAAGACAAGAAGCAAGGUUUUCCACAUCAUCUGUUGACAAUGCUCGUACUGAGAAUGUGUUGUGGACGUGACCAAGGAUUGUAAACACCGGACUUUAGUAACUUCGUAAAGACGAAAACACUGACGUUUUCCUUUCAGUAAGGUGCAUUUUAAGUUUUUUAUUCUCGAUUUUUUUUUAUUAUUAUAUAUGAUAUUGGAGGAUUAAGCUUCUUCGUCAUGCCUAGACCAGGACGGAACACUUACAAUGAACAGAAACCUCCAUAUUCUUAUAUAGCACUGACCGCUAUGGCUAUCCAGUCUUCACAAGAGAAAAUGCUACCAUUGAAUGACAUUUAUAAAUUCAUCAUGGAUAGAUUUCCAUUUUAUAGACAAAAUACUCAGCGAUGGCAAAAUUCCCUCCGACACAACCUAUCGUUUAACGAUUGCUUCAUCAAAAUUCCGAGGAGACCGGACCGUCCAGGAAAGGGUAGCUACUGGGCCUUGCAUCCAAUGUGCGGUGAAAUGUUUGAAAACGGAAGUUUUCUCAGAAGGAGAAAACGAUUCAAAUUAAACAGUAUGCAGAGAGCGUUUCUAGACCCCCUAAGACAGUGUUUGGAGUCACCAUACUUUGCAGAAAGAUCACGAAUGUCUCCUGUGAAUCACACGCCUCAACAAUCGCCGAGAUUCCAGUCCUAUGGCCAUCUGACAGGACAUGGCAAUUCUAGCUCAUUCAAACAACCUUUCACGAUAGAAAACAUUAUUGCCCCCGAAAACAAGACAAACAACAGUGUACAUCCUCAACCAAUUCUUCCCACCCCUCUGCCGGCGUUUGCGACUCAAUUUGCUGGUGCAUUGUCGUGUUCUAACUUUGUGACUCCUUACUCAACUGGAGAACUGUUAUCAUCGCUUGCCUCAUCGUACGGGAUGUCGGCAGAGUAUCAAAAUAUUCUGAAAUCAAACCACGCACUAUCUCAACACCGAAUACCCGCUGUACCUCUUCCCAUCAAACCGUCACCGUAUUCGACUCUUUCAUACCAAAGUGAACAUAGUGUCAUUGCUAAUUCUCGUACAGCUCUUAAUCUCUCAACAACAGGACUUGACAUUGAGCGCUCCAUCAAAAUGGCACAAUCGAAAAGAGACCAUGGGCUUGUCUUGUCAGUUGAACAGACGUCUUGAUGACUAUUCUAACUUCUUAAAACUUCCAAACUGCGAGGUGAUCAAACAUUGUAACUGUGAUUGCAUCUUGAACACUGGCAUUAUUAAGACUUAAGUGAUAUUAAUUUUUUGUUGAUAUUUCUUUGG